GAAAGGGGAAAGAAGCAAUGUUAUCCUCUACGUUUACACUGGCGACGCUCUAGUUCGUCUUCCAUCGUUCGACAGCUAACACACACACAUAACUUUGAUUUAGAAAAAAAGAUCGUGAAACAUAGACAAGUAGCCUAGUGGGUAUAUUCCGUCUUGAAAAAUUUAUUACGUUCGGAUAAGAAGUUCUUCAAAGUUCAAACGGAGCCUUUCUUCUACAAAUUCAUAUAGCAAGCGCAGAAAAAAAUACCCCCCCGCAGAAAUCUAGGCCGAGAAACCUCAUCCAACCCGGCCAGUUCUCGGGAAGAAAGAGGCUGGGCAGCACGAACUUUGGUGUUGCAGUGGCGACAAAGCUGUCCGGCACUAUCACUGUUUUUUUCGAGGCGGUAUAGUGUACUGUCAAGCACCAUGAAGACGCACGAUAUCGACCUGCAAGAAACCAUGCUUGCGCACACAACUCCAAUGGAGUGUCAGAAAAACUCUGGCAAAAGCGAAACUUACAGUUCCAGCUACGAACAAUGCGGAUUGAAGAUUCCUGCGUGUACCGAUGACGCUGAAGACAUGCUUCCACACAAAGAGAUGGGGCAACUUUCUUUCGAGGAGAAAAAAUUUCUCCUCGCUGUGGAACGAGGAGACGUGGCAACUGUUAGAAGAAUGCUUCAACGGGCACGAGAUACAAAUUACAUCGAUGUCAACUGCGUGGAUCCACUGGGUCGUUCAGGGCUGUUAAUGGCAAUCGACAAUGAAAAUCUGGAGAUGGUUGAACUUCUAAUUGAAUAUCGGGUCGAAACAAAGGAUGCGCUGCUUCAUGCCAUUUCCGAGGAGUACGUAGAGGCGGUCGAAGUGUUGCUAGAUCACGAAGAGUCUUUUCACAAAGAAGGAGAGCCACACAGUUGGGAGGCCUUACAACCGGAUACAGCAACUUUCACACCAGAUAUUACCCCGCUGAUCCUCGCGGCCCAUCGUGACAACUACGAGAUCAUCAAGAUUCUACUAGAUCGGGGAGCAAAACUUCCUGCGCCACAUGACGUUAGAUGUGGCUGUAUUGACUGCGUUACAUCACGCCAAGAAGAUAGCUUACGUCACAGCAGAUCUCGGAUAAAUGCUUAUCGAGCUUUGGCUAGUCCAUCACUCAUCUCUCUCUCCAGCAAAGAUCCUAUCCUGACGGCUUUCGAAUUGAGCUGGGAAUUGCGUAGACUCAGUUUCAUGGAACAUGAAUUCAAAAGUGAAUACCAGGAGUUAAGAAAACAAUGUCAAGAUUUUGCAACUGCUUUGCUAGACCAUACUCGUAGCUCGUAUGAACUCGAAGUUAUGUUGAAUCAUGAUCCUAAAGGUCCUGCUUUCGAACACGGAGACCGCAUGAGUCUCAACCGACUCAAGUUAGCUAUAAAGUAUCGCCAAAAAAAGUUCGUAGCGCAUCCCAACGUGCAACAAUUGCUAGCCUCCAUAUGGUAUGAAGGACUACCAGGGUUUCGUCGAAAAAACAUGCUUUUGCAGAGUUUAGAAGUCAUUCGUAUAGGAGUGUUGUUUCCACUAUUCUCCCUAUUAUAUAUUCUUUUUCCUCACUCUCGAGCUGGGAAAACAUUGCGAAAACCGUUCAUCAAGUUCAUAUGCAAUUCUGCUUCAUAUUUCACCUUUCUUUUUUUGCUGAUACUUGCAUCUCAACGCAUUGAAAUGGUAUUCAAGAACUGGCUUGGGCAACUCCCUGACUGUUUAGAAAAAUGGAUUUCUGAUGAUGUAACAACUAAAAGAGGAGCUCCCCCUACAAUGAUUGAGUGGCUUAUCUUAGCCUGGGUUUGUGGUUUGGUAUGGAGUGAAAUCAAACAACUGUGGGAUGUUGGAUUACAGGAGUAUGUUGGAGAUAUGUGGAAUGUUAUCGACUUCGUCACUAAUGCACUUUACGUAGCAACUGUCGCCUUGCGGAUCGUCGCUUUCUAUCAAGUACAAAAAGAGAUGUCAAAGAAUGCAAAUUCGGCCUCGUUACCGCGAGAGGAAUGGGACACCUGGGAUCCCAUGCUUAUUUCAGAAGGCCUGUUCUCUGCAGCUAAUAUUUUCAGUUCCCUGAAGCUGGUCUACAUAUUUUCAGUCAAUCCAUAUUUGGGUCCAUUGCAAGUUUCACUCAGUAGGAUGGUGCUGGAUAUUAUGAAGUUUUUCUUUCUAUACGUCUUGGUUCUGUUUGCAUUUUCUUGCGGUUUAAACCAACUUCUUUGGUAUUAUGCUGACUUAGAGAAACAAGCCUGUGAUGCGCCCCGACAAGGCAAGUCAGAUCCUGAUGCCUGCAUUGUGUGGAGACGCUUUUCUAAUUUGUUUGAAACGUCCCAGACUCUGUUCUGGGCUGCUUUCGGAUUAAUCGACCUUGACAACUUCGAAUUAGUUGGCAUAAAAAGUUUUACGCGAUUUUGGGGUCUGCUUAUGUUUGGUUGUUAUUCUGUCAUCAACAUCGUGGUCUUACUCAAUCUUCUUAUCGCCAUGAUGAAUCACUCUUACCAAUUGAUUUCCGAACGAGCUGACACGGAAUGGAAAUUCGCAAGAAGCAAAUUAUGGAUCAGUUAUUUUGAAGAAGGUGGCACGGUUCCACCACCCUUCAACAUCAUUCCAACGCCAAAAAGUGUUUGGUAUGUUUUUAAAUGGAUGUAUCGACAGUGUGUUGGUCAAACCUUUUCUCCUAAGAAGGAACACAUGAAGACUAUUCGGAAUAUAAUGCGAAAUCUGGUGCGACGCUACGUUACAGUUGAGCAGCGCAAAUCCGAUAACCAAGGUGUAACCGAAGACGACGUCAACGAGAUAAAACAGGACAUCUCUGCUUUCCGAUGUGAACUGAUUGAAGUGCUCAAAAAUUCGGGCAUGAACACAUCAACAGCGACGGGAGUUGGGCAAGGUAUCUCCUUUGGGAGCCUCAGGGGAGGAAAAAAAAAUCGGCAAAAGGAGCGACGUUUAAUGAAAGGAUUUAACUUGGCGAAUGUUGGAGGCAACGCGGGAACUCAGCCUUCGGGAUUGACUUCUAGUACACCUUCAUUAGCUGCUUCAACCAUGAACCCAGCUUUUGGAAACACCUGCCCUCGUACCAGUAUGCAGACACUAAACGAAACCAAUGUCUUAGCCGUGGUGGCCACUCAGUCCAACAAUAAGGGAAAUCCUCUUAUGCGAUCACCCAUAACAAAAUUAGCACAAUUGGCUCGUUUGGCAGGAGCUAAAAAGGCUGAUUCAAAAAAAAGGUGGGGUAAUUUAAUUGAGGCAGCCAAGUCUGCAAAGGGAGUUGGUAGGAUGUGGACAAGAAGCCGUAGUCGUAGCGAGGAUUCGGUAUCUAGUGACGGAAGCGGAGGGACAAGUUCUUUGGCGCCUAUCGAUACCGAAUGCUUUAACCGCACCGACAAGUACACAAAAUCACGAACUGGUUACCCGAUGGUUCACGUAACCGAAAAUGAGCUACCCGAAGUUUUGGAGGAAAGUGGUAUUGACUACGAACUUAGUGGUCGGAUGUGCAUGGAUUCAAUCAACAACACACAUAGUCCAAUUUCCAGUAUUCACCAAUUUCGCCGAGCGUGCAGUGAACCAGCCGAUCAAGUUACUCUCAUUUUAGAGGCAGAAUCACUAACGGUAGAGAAUAACGACUAUGAGGGUAACAAAACAGCUUCAUGUCCACCAUUAGUUAAUACGGCUAAUGCGAUUCAAUCCUCUGGUGGAUUUGAUGAGAGUAGCAAUGCAGUUGGUUUACGUUUUAGAAAAGGAUGUGAUUUGACCACUUCAAUUGCGUUUCCAUCUUCAGUGAGAUCGAGGGACUGGAUGGCCGGUCAAAACUUACCUGAUAGCCAAACUCUUCCUUUUGUAGAUGAUGCCGCUGAUACUAGUACACUAAGUGGUAGUCCAAUGGAAACUGCUUCCAAAUGUAUUAAUGGUGUUUCAUUUGGUAGACAGGAAUGUGUUGUUCAUGAAAAAGUUAUUCGAGGUGUUCAUCCUUUAGAAAAUAGUUCAAGUGGUGGAUGGCUGUGAAACAAAAACACCAAACUCUAAUGGAGUAUGCAAUUGGAAGUUCUGUGUCCAUAGUAGAUUCUGACUGUUCGUCAUACUCAACACCAUGCCUACUUCUAAAAAUAAGUAAAUUGGUAAGGUUUUUUGCACAUUCAUAAUUUUAGAGAAUUAAAAAAAAUUUUGACGUCUAUCCAUAUUACCGUUGAUUAUUGAACUAAAGCCAAACACAUUUUGUAUUGUCUUCAAUAAUAAAAUUUUGCUUAUUUUAUAAAUACAAUU